AUGUCAUCCGAGAGACUCAAUCCCGCAGGCUCAAUGCAGAAUCAAAGUGUCAUGUCUCUCAUUCGUGAGACUGAAGGCGACGUCCAGGCUUGGUGUGCCAAUAGGAGCCGUCAAGGUCCUAGAGACUGGGCUGCUGAGGGCAUGAAAGACAUCAUCGAUCAGGUCAUCACGCCAGAGAAUCGUGAGUGGUAUUACGAGACGAUGGCCAAACUCGACAAGCGCCGUCAACAUGAUCAACAGAGCCUCAGUUGCACCGCUACGAGCUCUGGAACGAGUGGUCGGUCUUUCACAGCUAGUCGUGGUCAUUCCAGAAACCCCAGCAUUGAAGAGUAUCUCAACAAGCCACUUCCUCCUCUGCCGCAGCAACCUUACUUUGAGUACAUGUUUGCGGAUGCUGGCGUUGAAGAAAAGAAGUCCAAGGAUACAGUCACAGCACCUGUCCGGGUUGAAGAGGAGCUUCCACGCAAAGCUUUCACAUCCGCGUCGACUUCGUCGGACUCGAGUCUCGGUCUGGACAGUGCUGAACUCGCUCAAUUCGCAUUUGCGCAGGCGGGUGUGGAUAUUUUGACCAGUGAAGCCGACAAUCGCAGUGAAGCUCACGUCUCUGCUUGUGACGCCACGGUAUACGGGGUACAGCAACCCUCAUAUCUCCCAGAAGGAGAGCCUAUGCAAUUUGAAUUUACCCAGACUCGAGACCAGCCAAGAUACAAAGGCAUCAUUGAGCCCAAGUCUCAGAAGUCGAAGUCGAAGGUCUCCUUGCGAAAAUGUCAACCUUGCAAUGCUGCCUCUCAGAGAAACAUCACCGCUCCAGCUGUUCAGCCUCUGAGCCCAAAUACGGUUCAGAAGUACAACAAGCGCGGUGCCCGAGACUCCUUCCUCACCAAAUCAACCGUCAAUGACAACAGAGAUGACUAUGAUGUCAAACUGCUUUCUACCAAGAAGGUCUGCGUCGAGGAGCAGCGCCACAGCCGUAAUGUGCGAAGCAUGCGAGCUUCGUCCGUCUACAGCAACAUUACCGCGUCAAGCUCUUCGUACAGCGUGAACAGCAUUGAUGGUGAUCUUGCUCUCCCCCCUCAGCGCAAACGUCUCACAAACGCCCCCACGGGCUACCCGGGCCAGUUCCCGAGCUACGAAUCGAAGUUUCUUCACUGCCGUGCUUCUGGCAUCUCAAGCCCACGAUUACACCUCACCUGCGGUGACCCAUUACAUCCCAACAACCAGUUCACACACACCAACUUCGUGGCCGACCCAACAUGGCCGUCCAAGAACUACACGAAAGAAGACCUCGAGCGGUUCCCCAUGCGCAAUGCCGCCCUGUCCCACGCCUACCGUCUAACCGUCCGCGCUGCCAAGAUCCUGACCCGCACCGAGUCUGAAGCAAACCUGCGUCGCGAAGUCCAACGCGAGUGUGCCUCUGCCCGCCUCGAGGGCGUCGCUGUCGGCCAGUACCGCUACUACCAAGGCCAUAUGAGCAUGGAGGAGUACAAGGCCGCCAGAGUCUGUAUCUGCUGGGACUCGUGCUGGUGUUCCAAGCUGUGCACCAUCUACGGCGAUGUCCUGUGCCCUUGCACGGAUUGGAUCGUGUUGAACAAUCACUGA